UAUUGGUCGACUCCCAGUGCAACCAUCAAUUUAUGGGAAAAGAAGAUCACACAUUGAAGAGGUUGGAAAUACAGCGGAAACAAGUAAUACUGGUAUUUCAAAACCUCAGAUCAGAAACAUAUGGACGUGCAAGAUUUGAGAAGCGCCUACAGCUUCCUAUUUGCAAGGAAAUAAUACAAAGAAAGCGUUCCUAUGAUCAAGACACCACACAAGAAUCACUCAGAUCCAGUCCAGAAAGUCAUGUUGAAGUUGGAGAGGCGUCAAGAAAAAAACGUACAAUGCAGAUAUCGCAGAACCCGGCAUUUCAUCAAAUGCUUGUUGGAUAUAAGAAAAAACUGGCAAAACAAAGAGGUGAUGAAUCAGACAUAACGAGGCAAGAUAACUUAAGUGGAAAGGCAAUUGCACAACCUCAAUUCAGUAGAGCUCGAGCAAGGCGAUCAUCAUCAUCCUCUAACCUUAUAGAUCAGAGCGCAGCAUUACAGUCUAGCGCUAUCAUUUGCCACAACGUUCCCCCUGAUUUAAUUGAUAACAGAGAUCUGCUCAGGAAUCAUUUUGAAAAAUUUGGUCAAAUCCUUCGUAUUAAUAUUAAUGCAGAAAAAAACACUGCAACUGUAGUAUUCAAAACUCACGAAGAGGCUGCUGCAGCUAAAACUGAAGGGGCUUAUGUACAACAAUCAGAUUCUCCAAUGAAAAUAUUCUUUUCGAAAAGAGCAAGAAAAUCUGUAGACAAAUCUCCUACGCAGUUAAGUGAAUCUCAAAACUUGAAAGUUACUUAUCAAAGUGGUCACAAAACACUCGCAAGAGUAGCAACUCAACAAGGACACUCUGCUCGAUUUCCACCAAAAAAUCGAGUGUCUGCUCAGAUUUUUGCUAAUACUGAUGAAGAAAAACUUGGGAUAUUGGAGAAGAUUGAUAAUUUGCUCAGGAAAAAGGUUGUUCGACAAUCAGACAUCAAAAAAGCAAAGACAAGUAUAGGAACUUGCCCGGACAUGUGCCCAGAAAAGGAAAGGUACUUGAGACAACAGAGAAAACUUCUAUCUGCUUAUGAAAUGGAAGGUGGACUAGUAUGUCAUUACAAAGCUGUCAAAGAAUACAGUCGAUCUUCUGCAGACCAGGAAGAACCUUUACCUCAUGAACUACGACCUGCGAGUGUUCUGCAAAUGACAAUGCAUUAUAUUCUUUUGAACAUGAUGCCGAAAUUAAAUGAAGGGCAGGUCGCAGACUGGUUCGACUUUGUUUGGAAUCGCACUCGGGCUAUAAGAAAAGAACUUACAAUACAACAAUUCAGUGAUGUAACUGCAGUACACAUCAACGAGGAAUGUGCGCGGUUUCACAUUUUUUGUGCUCAUCAUUUGUGUGAAGAAGAUAGAAUGGUAUUUGAUCCUAAAAUAAAUAACGAAAAUUUAGAAAAGACAAUGAAAACUAUCAUGGAUCUUUAUCACGAUGUAUAUUUCUCGCCUGCUCAAGGUCAAGCUGCAGUACCAUUGGAUAACUCAAAUGUAGCAGAAAUGUAUGGAUAUUAUAUCUUACUAAAUAUCAAUAAAACAGCAGAUGUACUGAAUGAGUUACAGGAACUACCUCCUGAAGUGAGGUAUGCGUCAGAUGUUGGAUUUGCCGUACAAGCAUUUAUGGCAGUGCACAGCAACAAUUACGCCAAAUUUUUUAAAGUUGUCAGACGAGCUACUUUUAUGCAGGGCUGCAUUCUUCAUCGAUACUUCAUGCAAGUCCGAAAACAAGCUGCUUCGACAAUAUGUAAAGCAUUUGUCGUACAAUCUAAUAAAAGGACUGUUCUUUUCCCUGCUGAUGAUUUUAUGAAAAUUCUUAGUUUCAAUGAUAUGAAGGAAGUUGGCAUCUUUUGUCAACAUUUUGGAAUAGAAAUUGAUGCCAACAAUAUGUUGUUAUUAAACAGGAAUGGUCUUGAAGAGCCUGACUCUUCAAUGGCUGAAUCAAGGUCAAAUCAAGUUCUUGAUAAAAUCCAAGGUCAAAGUUUGGCCAAAUUAAUUGCAAAACGUGAUAUUGCGCCAAUUCAUCACGAACCUUAUUCGAGUUUUGAUAAGGAUGGCAGAUACAUUGGAGAACACACUUCAUUGCUGACUUCAGGAAAAAUGUCAGGAUUUCAAGCUGUACCAAAGCCUGAUAUACUGGAGCACAUGAAGCCAGCAAUAAAGCUUGCAUUACCACCGGGAGUUACAAAUGAUCAUGUGAAAAUAUUGGCACGAGAACUUUUUCAUGAAGUAAUUGAUGAGACUGCGUUAGAAAUGGCUAAAGAAAUGCAUGAAGCUGCUACAUGCACUGUCAUUGGGAAAAAUGUGAUGGAAGAGGUACUCAAUGAUUUAAUAACAGAUACGGCAACUCAGAUGAAAAAGUCUGUUCAUGAUGAAAAAGAGAAAGAACUGAAACAAAAGAGAGAAAGGGAAGAACAAAAACGAAAAGAAGAACUGCUGCGAAAAGAAGAACAAAGAAAAAUAGCACUAAAAGAAUUGGAAGAAAAACUGGAAAGAGAGAGAAUCGCAAAAGAAGAAGAAGAAAUGAAAUUACAACAAACGGAAAUCAUCGCUACACAACUACAAACUGAGGUUGAAGAUGAUAUAAUAAAUACUGUUGCAGAGGACACAUAUAAAGAAGUUCUUCGUGAGCAUAGGAUAGAACUUUUAGCCGAGGAGGAAUUUGUUAAAAUUACUGCUGACGUUACUUUUUCCAUGCUGAAAAAAUUAUGCAACGACACUUAUAAAGAAGAUAAAAAGAAGCAAUGCCAUUCUAUCUUUUGUGAAAUUCAAACGAGAAAACUUGAAAGACUGUUUAACAAGUGGAUCAAAGUAAAAGCUGUCAAGGUUAAAUUUCAGAAUAUAACGACAACUUUUCCUAGUGUUCCUUACUCUAGGAAAAUUGGUGAUCAAGUGAAAUUGUUAUUGCCAAAUCAGAAGCCGUUCUCAUUGAUUCGAAAGCGCAGCAGUUUUCCACUUGAUAGCACAGCGGAAGCAUCUCUACGAUCACCCAUGGACAUAAUGAGCUCAAGAAAGAGAUGUAAAACAUACUUCUCUGUGACAACAGAAAAAUUAUCGGAAAUGUAUAGAAAAGCAUCUGAACCUUUGUUAUUUUGUGACCUGUUGAAUGAUGCCGCAAGUGGAGAAAGUUUCUGGCAGGAUGGGAGUCAUUCUACAAAAGAUGUUUUAUGGAAGAUAGCAGUUUAUUUUCCUGAGACUAAUGAUGAAAGUGAGCUGCAGAAUUGGGUAGAAACAGCUUUUUUAAAAGAAAACGAGAAAAUUUGUUUAUUUGAAGGAAACAAAAGUCCAAAAAGGGAUGUCUGUUGCCGUCGCAUCUCAAAUAAUAGUCAAAGAAGCGAUUUAAUGGGGACUUCAAGCAUUGUACUUAUUUUAUCCAAGCCACCCACUCAUCGAACAAUGUAUUGGACCCGAGCCCGUUCAAAUCUUGAAUUUCUAAUAUCUACUAAACCUUCCAUACCCACUAUUCCACUUGUGAUUGUUUUACUAGAUUGGGAACUCGACGAGGACGCUUUAGCCUAUGAACUUGGGCUUCCCUUACUUGAUUUUGCAUUGUCAGAUUGGGCAUCAUAUAGUUUGCAUAGAGGUCAAGAAAAUGUAUUGAUGAACUAUAAUAAGUUGACAUCGUGUGUUAAAUUUUUGUUUCAACGUUCGCCUGAUCGGCCAAGUUUAACCAGUGUCAAUCUGCUUGACUUCUUUGAAAACACUCUUUCUUCAGAAUAUGUUACACCGUUAUAUCAUCACAUAUCUAAUAGGCAAAAAUCAGGAAUGUAUCCACUAGAUCCAGCUUCUCAGAUUGAUUUCUAUAACUUUGCUAUCGAAUCUUUAGCUGGUGUGGCAAGCAGUGAGGAAUUUAAAGAGAUUUCGUGGCCUCCACCCGAAUUUGUUGAACCCGGAAAAACAACUGAACUCCCCAUACCUGGAUGGAAUUCAAAUGAGAAAUUAUUACAACACUAUGAAAGUAUGCUGAGAUGUAAAAUACCGUGUUUUCCAACUAUUGCUGAUGAUAUCACAGAGAAUGAAAUUUUUGAAAUUGUUGCAAAAUAUGCGGAAGAUGUGUGUCCUAAUUGUCCCACUUUAUUAUCUUCUUUGAAGCAUGGCAUCAACGCAGAACUCCAGAGGCUUAGUUAUGAGGUUGAUAUUUUUAAUGACAAUGACGAGAGUGGAACUUUUUCUCUUUCAAAAAUGUUUGACUGGCAUAAAGUGAUUGAUUUUAUUAUCAGUCAGCAUUUAACCAAUCUUUUAUAUUAUGGUGAACUGGGAAAUAUCGAGAUAACUUUUCCGUCUGACAUUUUGGACAGUGUGGAAAAACAUCCGGGUUUUGAUACCCUUUUCAGGGAAACACACUUUCAAACUUUAAAUGAAAUUGAGAAUAUGACGGAACCUAAGGCAAUGCAACAAACAAUUUGCGAAGUUGAAGAUUUCAGCCAAAAUGAAGUAAUAUCAAAGUGUGAAAAAAAUACUAAUGACUCGACCUCUUGGAUAAAGAAAGAAAACAAUAUCACAAACACUGUAAAAGAGACUCAAGAUUUACGGGAUAAAGUAAAAUAUGAACAAAAAAUAAAUGCAGAAUAUGAGGAAAGACUAAAAGCCAUAUUGGAAGAAGGUGAAGCGUCUUUGGGAAUGUUAGACUCCAGUACAGUCUCUGCGUCAUUACUGUCAUCACCAGAUUUUUCCUUUAUUUUUUAAUUAAUUUUACCUUACUGUUAUCAUGUUCAAAUUUCUUAUGUUCCUGAGUAAAUUUUUCCUUGUGUAUUUA